AUGGCUGAGCUGAAACAGCCGCCGAAGCACGACGGGCGGGUGAAGAUCGGCCACUACGUGCUGGGGGACACACUGGGGGUCGGCACUUUCGGCAAAGUCAAGAUUGGAGAGCACCAGCUCACUGGACAUAAAGUAGCAGUGAAAAUUUUAAACAGGCAAAAAAUUCGUAGUUUGGAUGUUGUUGGAAAGAUCAAACGAGAAAUCCAAAACUUAAAACUUUUCCGGCAUCCCCAUAUUAUCAAACUGUAUCAGGUGAUCAGCACCCCUACUGAUUUUUUCAUGGUGAUGGAAUAUGUGUCUGGUGGAGAAUUGUUUGAUUAUAUCUGUAAACACGGACAUGUAGAAGAAGCUGAAGCCAGGCGCCUCUUCCAGCAAAUUCUGUCAGCUGUGGAUUACUGCCAUAGGCAUAUGGUGGUUCACAGAGAUUUGAAACCGGAGAAUGUGCUGCUGGAUGCACACAUGAAUGCCAAGAUAGCUGAUUUUGGGCUGUCCAAUAUGAUGUCAGAUGGUGAAUUCCUGAGAACCAGUUGUGGCUCACCCAACUAUGCAGCACCAGAAGUAAUCUCCGGAAGACUGUAUGCUGGCCCAGAAGUUGAUAUCUGGAGCUGUGGUGUUAUUCUUUAUGCUCUUCUCUGUGGGACUCUUCCUUUUGAUGAUGAUCAUGUUCCAACCCUGUUUAAAAAAAUCCGGGGAGGCGUCUUCUACAUUCCUGAAUACCUCAAUCGUUCAAUAGCAACCCUGCUGAUGCAUAUGCUGCAGGUUGAUCCACUCAAACGAGCCACCAUCAAGGACAUACGAGAGCACGAAUGGUUCAAACAAGAUCUGCCCAGUUAUUUGUUCCCAGAAGAUCCAUCAUAUGAUGCCAAUGUCAUGGAUGAUGAUGCUGUGAGGGAAGUUUGUGAGAAAUUUGAAUGCACCGAGUCAGAAGUGAUGGCCAGUUUGUACAGUGGAGAUCCUCAAGACCAGCUUGCGGUAGCUUAUCACCUGAUCAUUGACAACAGGCGAAUCAUGAAUCAGGCCAGUGAGUUCUACCUCGCUUCCAGCCCACCCAGUGGCUCUUUUAUGGAUGACUCUAUGCAUAUCCCCCCAGGAGUGAAACCUCAUCCAGAAAGAAUGCCUCCUCUAGUUGCAGAUAGUCCCAAAGCAAAAAGCUCUUUGGAUGCAUUGAACACCACUAAGCCAAAAUCAUUGACUGUGAAAAAAGCCAAGUGGCAUUUAGGAAUACGAAGUCAAAGCAAGCCUUACGAUAUCAUGGCUGAAGUUUAUCGGGCCAUGAAACAUCUGGAUUUUGAGUGGAAGGUGGUGAAUGCCUAUCAUCUUCGGGUGCGUAGAAAAAAUCCAGUUACAGGAAAUUACAUGAAAAUGAGUUUGCAGCUGUAUCAGGUGGACAGUCGCAGCUAUCUCUUGGACUUUAAAAGCAUCGAUGAUGAUGUCGUGGAACAAAGAUCGGGCUCUUCUACACCUCAACGCUCAAGCUCAGCAGCUCGUUUGCACAGACCAAGACUAAGUCUUGACUCCGCCACUGUUGAUUGCCAGUCACUUUCUGGGUCCCCUACUGGCUCUUUGACUGGGAGCAUGUCCUCUGUGACCCCACGCCUUGGGAGCCAUACAAUGGAUUUCUUUGAAAUGUGUGCCAGUCUCAUUAUGGCUCUGGCUGGCUGACAGGUAUCAUUCAGAGGCUUGAUUUCAGUGGGUGAGCAUAGACCUUGGUAAACCUUGUACUCAAGCUGAGUCAGGAGUGCACGGCACGUGGCAAAGAA